GCACCACAUGUGCUUGUUUUGUCCCAGUGUUCUGUGACAAGCUAACUGGAACUUCACAGAGCUGAAGGGAGAAGGCACUGCAGCUGACGGGGACAGAGGACGCUGAGCCAUUGGUUUUACAACCCACCAGUGUUGGUCCCCUUGAUCAUGAGUGAGGGCUCACACCUUUUCAGACAUGAAAGGUCUGGCAGGAGCUUGGUGACAGCUGCAUCCUCUGCCCAAAUAACAACCGAGUCCUACAGCACUGGCUCUUUAAUCUUAUUUUUAUUAGAAUAAGAGACGAUAUACAUAGAACAACAUAGCAGAUUGUCAGGAUGAUGCAGCUUGUUUUCCAGUUGAACUUGUCAAGUGUGUUGAGCAAAUUUCUUGAAACUUUGAUGGGAAACUUAGGUCAAACUGCCCUGGAGAAGAAUUGCAUUGCUCCAGGUGGCAUUUAUACACAUUUAAAGGAAAACAGGAUUUAGGUCUGAGUAAGGACAAAUAUAUUAAACAACUUUCCCAUUUCCAGACAGGAAAAAGGCAGAUUCUGCAUUUCCUUGCCCAUAUAAAAUGUAUUUAUUUAAGACAAUCUGGUUCUAUUUUUAAAAGUCAAUAAUGAUUCUGGUCUAUGGUCUUUAUUCUGGCUAUUUAGCUUCCAGUCUGAAGACACACGCAGGCCUGGCUUGCCAGAGAGGUGUGAGGAUGUCAGGUGAAACAGCAUCCUCCCAUUGCUUCAUUAGACAGAUCACAUCAAACUGACAAUUGUCGUCAUGCAGACUUUAGGAGUAAUUUCCCACAAAAGGAAUCUAAUUAUUUGUCUUUCUAUCACAUUAUCCGUCUAUUUAGCCUUAUUCACACCCCAGUGAUAACGAACGAGCUCCUUCUUGGAGGGUCGCAUUUUGGCACUUGCGGAUUUCUUUGAACUUUUUUUUUUCGCCUGAGCUGUGAACCCAUAAACCUCCGGAGAUCUGCUUCUAUAUAAAAACGCUUUGGCCAAAAUCACUUUCACACGAUCUGCCUGUCAUUCACCCUGAAUGUCAUCCUUGUUGCGCGGCCGUCUGGAUUUGUAACAUGGAUCUGAAGGAUGUUACAGCCAAAUUACUGUCUGAGUGGAAGUGUCAUGAGAGCGCUUUUGGAGAAAAUCAGGAGUCACUGCAGUCCUCCUCCUCACCGGAGUCUGCCAUGGACUCCAUGUGCUCCUCACCAGAGAUGUGCUACUCCAGCGACCACCAAGAGAUCAAGGAUUUCUCUUUUGGCUUCAGGGGGCGCAAAGUGACUCCGGUGGCGCAAAGGCAAAGCAAGACAAAGAUGUCCACCAAAAGACGCAUGAAGGCCAGCGAGAGGGAGAAGAUGCGGAUGAGGAGCCUUGCGGAGGCUCUGCACCAGCUCCGUGACUACCUGCCGCCAGACUACAGCAAGAGAGGCCAGCCCCUGACCAAGAUACAAACGCUCAAAUACACCAUUGAAUACAUCAACAAGCUCUCGGACAUACUGAGCCGCGCGUAACGGACGCACAAUGGACCGCUUUUACGCACACGGUUUACUCUCAUCCGGACUCUGAUGACAAACGUAGCAACUUUAAAACUCAAUCAUGCGGUUUCAUUUAAUAUUUUUCUUUCUGUUUUUCCCCACACUCAUGAUGUAAAUAUUGUCUAUGAGGCACUUGGUGAUAUAUUUUGUAUAUGAGGCUGCCUUUGUUGGAAUUAUGAAUUCAGUGUUUGAACUUAUAGCUUAGAGUUCUUUUUUUUUAAAGAGUGUGAAAUACAACUUUACUAAUGAAUCUUUCUAAUAUUCCUAUGUUUAUCUUACCAGCUAAUUUAGAUUUGUUGGGACUGUUUUAAUCUUUUGUACGUUGUUUCGUGUGUAUGCUAGAAUAUGAAGAAGUUGUGUGAUAUUUUUGUUUGGUUGUGCCUGAAAUCUACAGAUUUUUUUUAAAAAAGUAACCAGUUCAUCACGCAUUUCUCCAUUCACUGUAUUCUGUGUGUCAGAUCCGGGUUACAUACAAAUACAUUUUCAACGUCUGCAAUAAAUCUGUG